AUGCUACUUUUUCAUUCAAGUAUAAAGCGAGCUCCCAUAGAAGUCAAUUCAGAAAAUGAGAGUGAUGUAUGGUUUACCUUGUAUGAAGAUCAUCCUUCUAACGUUUCUAAAUGUAUAUUCGCUGUAGGAGAUGUGGUACGUGUUUCCAAACUAAAGCUUACUUUCGAAAAAGGCUAUGAAACCAAUUGGACGGAAGAACUAUUUGUGGUGACAGAGUGUGUUAAAAGACAUCCAGCCGUGUAUAGAAUUAAAGAUUUACUUGGAGACUCAGUAAAAGGAACGUUUUAUGCACAAGAGUUGCAGAAAGUGAGACUGAAAGAGGAAUAUCGCAUUGAAAAAAUUUUAAAGAAACGUAUGCGUAAGAAACAGACAGAAUACUUUGUAAAAUAUCGCGGUUAUCCCGACAAAUUCAAUCAAUGGAUUCCAGCUUCUAAUUUACUCUCGAUAUAA